AUGUCAAAGCAAAUUACCGCCGCCGAGGUCAAGGAGCACGCAACGCCCGACAAGGGCCUCUACAUCAUCAUCGACGAUGGCGUAUACGAGAUGGGCGGCUUUGUAGACGAGCACCCAGGAGGUGCAAAGAUCCUGAAGAGAGUGGGUGGCAAGGAUGCCAGCAAGCAGUUUUGGAAGUACCACAACGAGAGCGUCCUCAAGAAGUACCAACAGCGUCUAAAGGUCGGCACGCUGAAGGAGGGCUCCAAGCUAUAG